GUCGAGCCUGAGACAACAUGGCGGCGCCCGUGUAACCCAGUCCGUACCGCCAAGGCGACGGCGCCGAGGGCGCGGGCCCUGCGGGUGUUAGAAGUAACCAUGCUGAGAGCCGCCUGGAGGGCACUGAGUUCUAUUCGGACCCCUGCACGGGCCCACGCCCCAGUCCUAGGGCUGCCGGCUGGAGGGUGCGCUAGGAGUCCCUCUGACCGACUGGGCCUACCCUCAACUCCUCGAGGUCUUAUGUUCCACGCCACCCGUGAAUAUGCCAUCCAGAAACAAGUUCAACCCAGCCGAGAUGAUGAUCCACCCCCUUCCACACUGCUCAAAGAGUACCAGAACAUCCCUGGAAUUGAGAAAGUUGAUGAUGUUGUGAAAAGACUCUUGUCUUUGGAAAUGGCCAACAAGAAGGAGAAGCUAAAAAUCAAGCAGGAGCAGUUGAUGAACAAGAUCACGGCAAACCCUGAGGACAACAGAUCUCUGGAGGCUCGAAUUAUUGCCUUGACUGUCAAGAUCCACAGUUAUGAAGAACAUAUGCAGAAACAUCGAAAGGACAAAGCCCACAAGCGCUACCUACUCAUGAGCCUUGACCAGAGGCAAAAGAUGCUCAAAAACCUCCGCAACACCAACUAUGCUGUCUUUGAGAAGACGUGCAAGGAACUAGGGAUCGAGUACACCUUUCCCCCUCUGUACAACCGAAAGGCCCACCGCCGCUCGGCGGCCAAGAAGGCUCUGUGCCUUCAGGUUUUCCAGGAGACUCAAAAACUGAAGAAGCAAAGAAGGGCCUUGAAAGCUGCAGCAGCAGCACAGAAGCGAGAACAGAGGCACCCCAGCAGCCCUUCCGAAGCUGAGCCAGAGACAACCAAUAAGAGCCAAUAAAUUCUGUUAAUGUUUUUUCUGCCCUGAAGAAUCAUAGAAGUUGGGUCUUUGUGGCCUGAGGAGGAGGAAUUCUUUCGUUCUUUCAUUCAGCUCUGGGACACCAGGUUGUCUGAGCCAGUCCCUCCCUCAUAUCAGAAGGCACACUCAUAACACAAUUCCCACAUCUCGCAUCAACAGAUCCCUGUCAUCCAGGUGGUGUUUCAGUGGAGGUGAGACCGAGCGCACAGCACCCAGUGUGGCUGGCUGACUGCUGGGUGAGGCCAGCUGCAGGAGCUGCCUUCUAGACUGGGCCCUAAAGCAUGAGUGGAAGUUCACUGGGCAGAGGUGAGGAGGGGAGGCGUUCCCAGCAGAAGGGACUGCAAGUACAGAGGGAAAGAGGCCCAUAGGUGUGGGCUGUAUUCAGAGAACAGUGAGUAUCAAAAAUAAACCUGGCAGAUGAACUGAAGCAGGGCUGUGACAGAGUUGAUAUGCUGACCGGGGAGACCGUGCAUUGCCCCCUGAGGAGUGGUGGGGGACAGUUAAGGUUUAAAACCAGAGGAGUAAGGAAAGCAAGACAUCUGUGUUCUAGAUGGUUAAGCAGCAGCAGCAUGGAGGGGUGAUAGGAUGGAGAGAGGUCAGAUCAACAUAUUGUUGAGUAGGAGCACUGGUGUUCAGCUUCGGAAUCUGAGCAAAGCUACAAGUUCCCCAGUUAUUGCACAUACACAAAACAUUGCAUAUAAAUUCUGGGAGGUGAUAGACACCCCUAUCCCCAAAAAGCUACCCAAAUUAAGUGCCAAAACCUUUAAGCCUAAACAUGCUUGGCAUGUCUGAAGAGCCCAAGGAAGACUGUCUAAAACUGGAGAGCAAGAAGGGAUGAGGUCAGAGAGGUAAGCAGACGUGAGGUGAUAGAGCACUUUCUGGGUGUGUUUGUCUGUUCAGGCUGCCACUAAAAAAUUAAAGGACUGGGUGGCUUAAGUAGCAGAUACUUACUUUCUCACAGUUCUAGAGGACAGAAAUCCAAGAUCAAGGUGCUGGUCAAUUUUAUUUCUUCCUGGCUUGCAGCAUCACUUUCUGACUGUCAUCACAUUGAAAGGGGGUGAUCUCACAAGGGCACUGGACCUAUCCUGAGGGCCUCCCCUCAUGCCCUAGUCAGGUUCUCAUCACCUCCCAAAGAUCCAGACUCCAAAUGCCACCACAUUGGGGGUUUGGGCUUCAACAUAAGAAUUUGUGGGAAAACAUUCAGUCCGUGACAACAGAGAAAAGACCUGGCUUCAUCCUGAGCAAGGAGAGCCUUUGAGGCAAGCCAAGAGGAAGAAAGAUGGAUCAAACUGAUGUCCAAAGAGGAGGUGAAAACUUAGAUUUGAAACAGUGUAAAGAGGCUUGAGCUAGAGACAGCUUUGGGGAUUCUGUUCAGAUGGUGAUGGAAGCCAUGGUUAUGAGUAAAAUUACCUAGGGAAGGAGUGUAAAAGAAGAGAAAUGCACCACCAUCAGGAAGGGAAAGAUGUUUCUGAUGGUAUCACCUGAGCCCUGAGGAGGAGUGGCUAAGACUGAGGGCAAGGUGAGGAGAGGACAGAUCAGCACCUGAAGACUCAGAAGUGAGAGAAGUUAGAAAUGAAGAUGAACUAUUCAGCUGUCACCUCCAGGAACAGCAAGGGAGACCUUUCAUGGGGCAUGACUGAAUGGACACAGCUCCUAAGAUAAUAUGCUGGAAGGUCAAGUGACAACAUGUAAGGGGUUCAUGGAGCAAAAGAAAAGGAACAUGUUAGUGGAGAGGCUCUGCAAGAAGGUACAUCAGGUGCCACCUUAGGCAUAUAAUCUAACCAUCAAAGCGACCUUUACACACACACACACAGAUUGGCAUAAUUAUUUUACCAUGGAAGAAUUGGAGGCUCAGUGGCUAGGUAACUUGUCUGAAUUCAU